GAGGAGUUCAAAAGUGUGAGGAACUUUUGACGUUUCAUUUUUUGACACUUUAAAUUUUUUCCUGCGUGAGUCUUUUUUUUAAUUGCGUGAAAAAGGCCCCAAAUCGAAGCAAAAAUGCAAGCUGCUCGUAUGUUCAUUCGCAACAGCGUCAAUUUCACAGCUCGUCGUGGAUACAAGAGCAAGCAUCAUCGCACCGUUACCAUGAACGACAUGCCCCAACCACACGGAGACUUUUUCGAGUUGGAAGCUGCCCGUAACCGCUACUACAACUCUGUCUUGUUUUCGGGACUUGCGGUCUUUGGAGCAUCUCUCGCAUUCGCCGCCAACUCCGGUUUGAUGGAAUUACACUACUCUCCCCCAAAAACCCUCGACUAAAUUAGUUUCCAAAUUCAACUGUGUUCAAAAAUUUAGCAUAAAAAUAAAAUGAAGGCAAAUAAAUCUGCUUCAGCGUAAAAGUA